ACUGGAAUAAAAAUUUGACUAAAGUUUGGGAUAAAUUAAUCGGUGGCUUGAAGAACAGAAGCACAGUUCUGAUUAUGUAGGCUCCAGCCAGGAUUUAAGUUUUGUGUCAUGAUUGUUUUCAUAUUUCUUUGACAUCUAUUGAUUUGGAGGCAGCUGCAAGCCUUUGUCACAGGAGAGAAGAGCAGUCACAAUAUAUUAGCUUGAUGGCAUAACUCGAACCGUGGAAGCGAGGGGAGCCAGAGUGACGGGGGCGCACAUGACCCCCCUCCCGGGGCCUUAGGGCUCAACCCUUACUUUUAACUUGUUCUAACAGGAAUAAUGGAGUAUUACUACUAAUGCGUGGUAAGAAGGGUCUUUUCUGUCUAGAACGCAGGAGGCAGGAGUUGCACCGCCACAGCCCGAGAGACCGAAAUGUUUCUACUCCCUGCGCCCCACGCCUCCUCGCCAACCGCAGCCCCUCGCCCAGUGAACCCAGCAGGUCCCAAGUCGGGGGACGCUGGGUUGAUAGAAGUUCUGUGGUCCUGGGCUCGGCCCCUAUGCACCAGGCGGGGUCCUCACCUCCGCUUCUUUGGGGAGCCUACAGCGGGCAGCAGAGCGGCUGGCGGCCCCGGAGCUGGGGAGGCUACCGCCGGGCAGGUGCCCGGCCUGACGAAGCGUGCGCGGCCGCCCGCUCGCCCGCAGCGGGCCGGGAGCGUAAAGGAGCGUGACGCAGAUUGUGAAAACAGAAGGGAGGGAGUUGGGUCAUUUCCUUCUCUAAUCAUCGCCCCCUCCUGCUCCUCCUCCCCACCCCUAUCCCAUCCUCGCCGCCAGCCAGCCUCGAACACUCUUCCUUGCCAAAGUCUGACUCACUUUGAGCCAGUGGCUGCACUUUAUGGAGAAAAUAUACGUGCCCAUCACUCACCCAUCUAUUUACAGCACCCAUGCAGCGCCUCGGGGAACACGCAUGGACAAUUAAACACACCCAUUUACGGCGGGAUGAUGAGGCUUUCUGUUAACCACAUGUGUUCAGAAAUGGAUACAGCCCGAAUUUUGACACAGAAUGCAGCUAAUGCACCUUGCUAUAGAAGUACGUCCGUUGGAAAGGUGUGUGAUGGGCGCCUGAUCUAAACGAAGAGAACAAGGAUGUCUGCAGAAAACCCAGCGGCCUGACACCUUUUCUUGCUGCUGAGGAAGGAAAGAUUUUCUUUUGAUUCGUCCUCUCACGAUAUUUUCCUUUUCCUUUGCAUUACAGUUUCAGAGAGGAAUGUAAAUAUUUUGACUAGACCUCUGCAGGGGCCUUUUAAAUACCAGGCAUAAUCAUCUGUGGAAUACUGUAGUUCAUAGUUUCAAAACUUGGGUGUUAAAGAGUCUGUCUUGCUGAGGAAAUCCAUAGACCUAGUGGCGACUUCUCAACUCUCUAUUUGUGUGAUCAAAUGAAGUAUGCCCUAGUUAGCGUCGAGUUUUAAGGACUUUUUCUGUCACUGCUACUUUCCGAUCUUUUGCAGGGAAGAAAAAUCAAUCAAACUGACCUUUGAAGGGCUUGUGGCAAGAUCACAUUUCACUGUGCUCCAGGCUUACCUCUUCUUACACCCCUCCCUGCUAUGGGAGCGUGUGCAGGAAGUAUGCAAAACUCUAGAAAUAAUAUUUGAAAAAAUUAACACCUUAAAAAAAAUCUUUUCUGUGUAUUUGAUAUGGGUGUUUCUUUCUUUUCCUGUUUCGGUGUUUAAUACAAAGCUGAUAUGUUGGAACAGAAUGCAUUAUUCAAAGAAACUAAAAUUAGGAGGCAAAUAGUGUCAAGGUUUCCUCAGUUUAUGUUCUAGCACACAUAGCAUAGCGUCUUUUCAUACAAAAAUAAGCAAAAAUUGCCAGGAGGCACAAUGCAUCUCUGAAUAUGCAUUAAAAAAUAAACAAACAUUCCCAAAAUAUUGAUGUACCCAUGAUUUUAUAGUCUGAAAAUAUUUCUAGACACAAAUAUGGCAGAAAAACAUUAGUUUCAACUCUAUCUUUGUUGGUGUUAAAAUGACAGUAUAUUAUUCUUGAUUUUAAAACACCCUCCUUGUUAAUGUCAGUUGAGGUUAUUUUAGGGCCUGGAUGCUCUAGGAAGACCACCUAUAAUGUGUUUAUUUCUCUGUUCAAUUCAUAAAUAGUGUAAGGAGCAUUUUA